UGUGCAUACAAUAUUAAAAGCACAGUUGCAGUACUUUAUAUUUGCAAUUUAGACUUCAUUGGUGACACAAAAAAAACGCUGAAAAAUCUUAUCAAGAUGCGGCUAGGAAAGAAACAUUUUGAAAUAGCUACAAAAUGGAUACCAUCUGCAAUGAUUUAUGGAGGAUCGGCUGGCCUGGCUACAGUUUAUUUUACUGAUUGGAAAGUAAUAGCUGCGUAUAUCCCCUUUUAUGGAGGAAAAUUUCAAGAAUAGAUUUUAAGAUAUUAUAUAAUGUAUUAUUUAAUAAACCUUAGUACUAUGUAAAUUAUUGAAUACAUCAUUUAUUAAGUAUAAUUAUAUAAUAAAAAUUGUUUAAUUUUAUGUAAAUUCAA